CAUAAACAAUUUAAAUCAAUUAUCUGCACAGCGGCCGUCGUAGCAGUUCGCUUAUUGACAGCACAGUUGUUAUUCUGCAGUUUUUAUUAGUUUUUUUAGCAACAUUCAAACGGUCUUGGAGACUUUGGACUAAACUCGCAACAGACUUUUCCAUUUGCAUGAGACUUGAUUUGGACUCGCCACAGCCGAUGUGACACCCGUGGGGAGAGUCGAGACCUGAUUUUCACUUUCCCUGAUUGCCUCACACCUUUUCUUUUCAGCAUCUCCCCAUCACAUCACCUUUAGAUUAACUUCCCGACAGAGAGCCUUCUGUGUUAAAUCUACGACGUUACAUUUGGACAUUUCCUGAAGGAGCUAAAGCGCAUCUAUCUCCACAAGGUUUGUUGUCCAGCCCCGGAAACCUUCAACAUGGGAAUCCGUUCUCGUGUCAAUCACUCAGCACUCGGCACUCACCCGGCUUUGUCAACAUGCUUCGACUGGAUAAUACUUUUUAAUCUCUUGAGAUCAAAAACACUUGAAGUGACGGGACAGAAUGUUCCUCAGCGUGCACAAGGACCCGAGUUGAGAGCUUAAGGACGUCGGGCCGACAUUAAUACUUCACAGUUUGACGGAGGUCAAAGGUCGAGAAGAAAACAAUCACAAAUCAACAUCUCAUCAGCGAGAUGGCGGAGCCGGCAGCUGCUGGCCCACUUUGUGCUCCGUUCCACAGAGAUGUGGUCCUUUCAGAGAGGAAACCCGGGCGUAUCCCUCCGCCAGGUGCGUCCGCAGCGCAGUGUAUCCCUCCGCCAGGUGCGUCCGCAGUGACCACUGCUGCCAGGUGGGACUGAAGUAACCCAACCACGAUCGGCUCGGCCCUCACACACUCAGGAGGGUGUGAGCGGGCCGCCAGUAGUAAAGUGAGGAGUCAAUGGUGGACUAGAACCGUUAACCUGUAUCGGAAUGUAAGAUUAACAUCACUUGAGUCCACUCGCGGAGAUAAAUAGGAGUAAACGGAAGAUGAAAGGAGGUUAAGGCGCCGGCCAGUCGGCUGAGGAGCUUUCACGGGGCUUCUAAAGCUGUUUCACAUCAUCUGAGAACCCCUCUCUCGGGACUCCAGGCGGUUGAAGUGGAAUCGGACCCCCGGAGCGAGCCAGAUGCGGAGGUCUACGCGGUUUGACUGGAUGCCUUUGGGCCACGCUGUCCUACACUGCAAAGUAAGCGUAAUAAAGAAUCAAAGCGCUUCCUUUAUGAACAAUAUCAAAUCAAGUGUAAAAUACGAUGCGUCUUUGAAACCAAGGAAGCUGCAACAGGAAUUCAAGACCCCCUGUUGUGUUUUCUUUCUGUCUAUCCUCUGAGGACAAACUGCCAUGUCUCAGCAGUGUGUCUGCCUCUGACUCAAGAGGGGGAGAGGGGGGGAGGGGGGGGAGUGCAUGUGGUGCUGAUGCUGCGUGCCCGCAUCUGAGCCAAAUAAGAAAAAAAAGCCCCUCUGGAAGACCAAUCAGCGCGCUCAUCAGACUCCACCAUCCCUCUCGCUCCCUCUCUCCCUCUCUCUCCCCGCAAAGCACUUGUUCGCGCACGGUCUCCCUCGCACUCUUCCUCCCUUCCUCGCCUCCGACAGGAAGAUGGUACCGCGCACAGUGCGCCCCGCACCGGAACCGAAGGCGUCGCUCACCGACUCGCUGCGGGACUUCUGAACUCUCCACCAUGCCCGGUUACGCGCGGCUCGCGCUGGUGCUGCUGUGCCUGGUGGCUCUCGGGGAGUGCAGGAGGCACAGAAGCAGGAAAAAGCGGUGGUCCGCGCCGGCGGACACUCACAAGCCCGGCAGCCCUCUUUCCAAGAAGGUCUCGGAUGGAACAAAGUCGAAAAAGGUGAAGACCAGCCACCUCCUGCGCAUAGACGAGCACGACUUCACCAUGAGGCCCGCCUUCGCAGGUCCGGCCGUCCCCGUCGGAGUGGACGUUCAGGUGGAGAGCUUGGACAGCAUAUCGGAGGUGGACAUGGACUUCACCAUGACCCUGUAUCUGAGGCACUACUGGAAGGACGAGAGGCUGGCCUUCCCGAGCGCCACCAACAAGAGCAUGACCUUUGACGGGCGCCUGGUGAAGAAGAUCUGGGUGCCCGACGUGUUCUUCGUCCACUCCAAGAGGUCUUUCAUCCACGACACCACCACUGAAAACAUCAUGCUGCGAGUGUUCCCCGACGGCCACGUCCUGUACAGCCUGAGGGUUACAGUGACUGCUGCAUGCAACAUGGAUUUCAGUCGUUUCCCUUUGGACUCACAGACGUGCACGCUGGAACUGGAGAGCUAUGCGUACACAGACGAAGACCUGAUGCUCUACUGGAAGAGCGGCGACGAGUCGCUGAGCACCGACGACAGGAUUUCUCUGUCCCAGUUCCUCAUCCAGAAGUUCCACACUACCUCCAGGCUGGCCUUCUACAGCAGCACAGGCUGGUACAACCGUCUGUACAUCAACUUCACUCUGCGGCGUCACAUCUUCUUCUUCCUGCUGCAGACCUACUUCCCCGCCACCCUGAUGGUCAUGCUGUCCUGGGUGUCCUUCUGGAUCGACCGCAGGGCCGUCCCCGCCAGAGUCUCAUUAGGUAUCACCACGGUGCUCACCAUGUCCACCAUCAUCACCGGAGUCAACGCCUCCAUGCCCAGGGUGUCCUACAUCAAGGCCGUGGACAUUUACCUGUGGGUCAGCUUCGUCUUCGUCUUCCUCUCCGUGCUCGAGUACGCUGCCGUCAACUACCUGACGACGGUGAGGGACGGUAAAGACCGCAAGCUCAGAGAGAAAGCCAGGCAACAGUCGGCAGCUCAGACGCUCCCCUGCACCUGCGGCAUGUCCCACGCCAGGACCAUGAUGAUGGACGGCACGUACAGCGAGGCCGACGCCAACAGCCUGGCGGGGUACACGCGGGGCUCCAUCGUGCCCGAGGACUCCUCCGAAAAGCAGGAGCGCAUGGUGGUGCGCCUCUCCAUGGACAACGAGGCCGCGGGGACCAAGAAGAAGGGCCUCCGAGGCUUCCGGAUCAUCCAGAACACCCACGCCAUCGACACCUACUCUCGCAUGAUCUUCCCCGGCGCCUACAUCCUGUUCAACCUGGUCUACUGGUGCGUGUACUGCUGAGCCUGGAGCAUUGGAGGCGAAGCGGGACAGAAAACGGAGGAAUCCUUUUGGUCACCUGAGAAGAUGGAGGUGGGGAUUGGGAGGGGGGGGGCAGCUGUUUCUACUCUGCACGUUCAGGUGAAGCGACGUGGAUGGUAAAAGCAUCUCAGAGGCUUCCGAGUGUGAAUAUCUCAAAAACUGUGGCCCGCGUGUCCCGGCGGGACGGGACCACUUUUUUUCUCCUGCUUUACAUGAUUACAUCACGAGCUCAUUCUUGUUCAAUCCCCAUUCAAUCGAGAAGAGAAGAGGGACGUUUCCCAGCUCGAAUCCAGCGGCUUACGGAAUCCAUUAGAUACAUUCUUGUCCAAAAGGGUUUAAGUCCACAAAGGUGAAAACAGUUCUGACUCUUUGUAUCUCACUAUUCUUUUCAUGAAUAAAUGUUGUGCAGUUUGAAUAAUGGAAACUGCUGGCCACGAUAAGCUUUCAAAAGACAUUUAAGCGCAAGAGAAAAAAUAACUGUUUUAGGAUUAUAGAGCCUCCCCCCACCUCGAAAUCUGCUUACUAUUAAAAAGCCAGACCCCAAAAAGAAAAGUGACACCAUACGAAUGUUUUAAAGCGUUUGUUGCCAAUCUUCCAUUUGUCUGCAGCUUUUUUUAAUAUAUCAUUUAUGGACACUUUGGCAUUAAAGCCCAGAGGCUCUGAAAGCGAUAAAGGCUGCGCGUCGCUUGAUGCUCCUGUGACGCACGGUCAGAACCAGCAGUGUUAUUGGAAAAAAUGCUGCACAUUAUACGUCUUUUUGUAUAUUACCCAUAAAAUACUAUGAUAAAAAAAUGAAAGUUUAGCUUAUUCGUUAUGUGAAAUUGGUGUCAUGCAAAUCCAUCACUCUGUUGAAGUGUGGACUGGUGGACAGAAGUAGUGACAGCUGAUGUGACCUCUAGCCGGCCAAGUUCGUCACUUUAACCAGUCGCGUGUUUAUUAAUCAAUAGCUAUUAUUCUUUUGUACAUUAUCAUCCUGUAUCUGGAAUAAAUUAAAUUUGACGCUGAAAAAUCGAAACAGGCUCGGAGCAAAGGAGCAGAGCCUCUUCGGGAGCCAACGUCGACGCCACGCUACUGGAGACCCACAAUGCAUUGCUGGAGCCUUCGGAGCGAAGGGAGACCCGGGAGAACUAGAACCAGGACUGGGAGGGCCCUGGUGCACAGAAACACUACCACUUCUGUCCACAGGGGGCGGCAGACUCACAGUUCACUACCGAACAUUGAAGUAAAAUGUACAUUUCUUUGUAAUGUUUCGUUCAUAAUGUGAAGGAAUGGUAGUUGACCGGUCUGGAAUAAGACUAAUGAUGCUUCACAUCGAGCUGAAAAACAAACCAUGGACAAACAACCCCAAAAAGUUUCCGCUAUUGUGUUAGCUGACAGUUGGCUACUUACACAAUUGGUAGAAAACGAUCAACAUUAAUGUGGUUUUGGACGACACAAACAAUAUUAGUCAAAUUGUAUUCUCCUGAGAAAUAGCUGUUUAAUGGAGCGCGGCGCGUCGGUGUUGUGGCUAUUUUAAGUGGCGGAGCUUUGCACAUCUGUCCAACUGAGACUAUUGGACUAUUAGCUCUGACUGCGAGUCAACGCUUUGUUCAAACCAGCCAGACUUCUCUGAACACGCUGUUUCUUCAAGAUAAGACUUAAGAUAAAAGUAAGAAGAGCAGAUUAUUUUGGCUGUCGUUUCCUCUGUAACUUUGGGAUCUCAGUAACAGAGACGUCCAGAGCAGAUGGCUAAUGAGGCAGUAAGUGUGUUAAAUACCAGGCUGUCUUCCCUUAACAGCACCACAGAAACAAAUUUAAAGUCUCGGUAAAUGCUAUGUAUUUCUCGUGGACUACUGUUGACAUUUACGAUGAUUCAAGCGAAGCCGGGAUUAAACCGGAUCCUCCUACCGUAUGGGGUCGUUAAAAGCACUCCACACCCCUGUUGCUCAGUGAAAGUCUUUUCUUUAUUCAUGUAUUUACAGCAUCUUCAUUCACUAACUUUUUUUGGAGUUUGAUAUUUAUUCAUCUAUCUUUAGUGCAGCGAUGGAUCCAUAUGCCUAUAGACCUUAAGUUGGCAAAGAUGCACAAAACGGGGCUUUUACAGAAACGGCUUGAUGCACGCUGCAGGAGAGCAUGUGUAUUUCUUUGAAAGGACUUCAUAACACAGGAAGCUUUACUUGUGAUUUGACCGCCUUAACUCUUUUUUUUUUGUAUACACCAACAUGUGUUUUUGUUUGUUUUAUUAAUUUAUUCGUUGCGUAAAAUGAGUGACUGCGUAGUUUGUUUUGGAGUUUUCUGAUCACAAAGCAGUGUUUCUAAAGCAGAUUCCACCUAGGACGGAAUACAACAUUCUAAAUCAGUUGUUUGAUGUUUUGUGAAAUGAACAAGGCGAGAAAAUGUAAAUUAUACAUCAAACAGAAAUGUACAAGAGAAACCUGACUAGAGGCCGCAAGUGAACACGAAGUCAGAGCAAUAGACUCCUUUUCUGUAAAAAGACAGGAGGUCGCUUCUGGAUGGAGCGUAGAUGGAGGCAGAACAAUGUUCUCUUAAACCAUCGUGGCAGCUUGUGUAGCUCCAGCUUUGGCUAGUUAGCCAACUAGUUUGUCCAGCUCCAGAACUUGUCAGUUAGUUAACUAGCUUGUAUAUUUCCAGGACUUGCUAGUUAGCCUACUAGCUUGUAUAUCUUCUGUACCUGAUAGUUAGCUUACUAGCUCGUCCAUCUUCAGACCUGUAGCACGUGAAGUAGCCAGACUGCUAGUUAGCUUGCUAACUCUUCUAAUCUACUGGGGUACAGCAAAUAAUCAUCCAUUUAAUAGUUAAACCUAUUAGUAAUAUUACUAUACUUCUCUCUUUAAAUGUAGGUAUGUAGUUGUGACGUCUGAGAUGGUUUAAACCAUGAGAAACUAUUUUAUGGCGAGCUGGCGAACCACCUGUUUGACCUUGGCACAGAUAUGAGAGCGGUAAUAACUUUGAGAAAAAAACAAACAUGUUUUGCAAUAUGUCAAACUACUCUUUUAAACCAAGGUUGGCACUUGCUUAGUAAUCUUUUCAGUAACCGACAAUGCGCUUCAGCUUCAAGGCAAACAUCACUUGCCACAACUAAAGGCUAUUUUCUUUUUUUUAAAUGUAUUACAGGUACAUAUUAUUUUGAAAAGAAACUCCCAUAACAGCAAAUUUAGAAAAAAAAAAAAAAAGAAGCUCGCUUGCGGAUCCGUCUUCUUCUAAACUUUCAUCCCUUUCACUUCAUCUUCAGAAAAAAAAAAAUUCAGAAUGUAAUGCUCUCACGGCAAAUUUCAUAAAUAAAGACUUUCUUUCACACGUUUAAA